AUGCAAAUUUACUUUUUGCAUACAUUGGGCAAUGAAAAAGAACAGCCGUGCCAGACACCAACAUCUCUCACUGAUGACUUGAAGACUAAGAUGAGAAAAAGGAGAACGUUAAAACUCUCAAAACUUCUUCAUCUUUGUGAAUGUUAUGGGAAAUUGGGAAGAUCUAAGCAUGAUCAACAUUUUACCACCUUGAACGCAAUCAGGUGUAAAGUUUGGUUUCCGGAUGUUUACAUGAACAUUUCGUUGAAAAGUCUUAUAAGAAGAACUAAGAAACCGAUGUAA